AUUAUCUUGAUGUUAGAUGUACCCCUGUGCUGAAUAACGUAGCGGUCAUCGUUGGUUACUUGUCGCACAGUUCAACCGCGGGAUAUAUCGAGAGAACCGAAGCGAAAGAUUGUAUCAUGGCUACUUGUAUUCAAUUACCCAUUACCAGAGUGCUUCUAGUAAUAAGAAGUCUCCAACCGCAGUUCCAAAACUUCUUGUCCUGACUCAACACUCUCAAAACCCCCGAACCUCCAAACCUGCCGAUCCCCUCCGCCAAAUCCAUCCCAAAAUCCCAACCGUUUGAAUCGCAUAUACCAUCUGCAGCGCUCAAGACCCUUAACUCGAGCCUUAAUACAUAUUGUAAAUGAUACACACGAGGCCGUUCCCGCCGGGUGUACCCUUCCUCCCGCCCAACGUAUGAACAGCGGACAACCCUCCUCGGAAAAUAAAAAGCAAAAUGUAAAACAUAUCGGCAUCGCACCAACCCAAAGCCUUUCGCAGAAUCGAGGAGCGUUUCAAGGGCCGCACGAUGGACACCUGAGUUUCUAGAUCGGUGUGACCUGGUGUGGCGAUGUGAUGGAAUGGAGAUGUGGGUUCGGGACUCGGGAGUAGUGGAGUUGGGCACAUUUUUUUCUGGGUGUUCUUUUUUUUGGGGAGGGGAUCCCUGGUUGAAGAUCUUGGGAUGUUCAUGGGUCUGGUGGGGAUUGGGCUGCCAUUCUGGAAUGCGCUUUUGGCUGCGUUUGGGAGGGUCUUCUCGAGGGGUCUGUACUGUGCUGUUGGAUGGUGGAUUGGGAAGUGGGGGAUCUCGGGGAGGGUGUUCUUUUUGCUUUUGAGAGGGAGGGGAGGGGAGUCUUGUCGGUAGAAGAUGGGAUGGCCUGGGUUUAAAGUCACAUCGGACAGGAUGUAGGAGGAAAGAAAGUUCCAAGUGAGGUCAUGAUGGCUUCAUAUUUCCUUAAUUGGGAUGUUAAGAAUGUGAGUGGAUGAUGAAUCGAUCGGUUUUGGUAUGGGAAUCGAGACUUAUCGUGGAGAGAAGAAUGAGGAUAUAUGUUCGAGUCACGAGACAUAGCCAUUUGGACUUUAUUUUCUUCAACAAAGCUGUGGAGUCUCCGGGUCCAUUGGAAAUCUCAAACAUUGAGGCUUGUAUGUUUGUACCUUGGGCAGGCGGAGAUAUACCGUACCUUGCCGUAUGUAUUCGCACCCAAUGGCACCCGAAUCCCCACCUCUUCUUAUGCGUAAGGCUCCAGCAAGAGCAACUCUCACCAAAUCUCACCCCAUUUCACCUUCACCGAGUAUUUUAGUGCUCCAGCCAAGGCGUGUCAUUCUUCGCUAGCCUUCCCACCCACCAUGAAGCAAUAAUGCAGGUCUAGCGGGGGCCGGCUGGAGGACAUGAAAGCAAAGCCUGUCGGCUGCGAGGCUGAUGCCCAAGUACCGAAGGUUUACGGAGUUGGUGGGCAGCUGAUGCUUCCCUCUUACGCUCAGGCUCAGGCUGUCGUACAGUAGUGAGCGGGCUGCUGCAGCGCAACGUUGGACACUCUGUGCCUAUCAUGAGCUGCGUUGAUCUGCUGCGGACGAAUGCGAGUCAAUGAGAGGGUAGCUAGGUAGCUGCACGAAGGGUAUCGCACGAGGAACUGCCUCCGGCCUCCGGGGGUCCUUUGAUUCGAACUUUACUUUACAUCCAAGAACAAGAAUCCAAGCGAUGGAAGAGCCGUAGAAAGUGUAUGGAAACGAAAAAUGGAUCUCUUACUGGAUGCUGGCCUGGGUGUGGUAUUUACUACAGGGAUCAAAAUGGGCGGGCAAGGAAAAUACCAUGGAAUGACGUUGGGAGGCGAGGGAGUUGAGCGGCGCUGAGCACUGCGCUGCACUGCACUGCACUGCGGGGAGGGGAGAUACGAGCGAGGGAGGGGGCUACCUACCUAACAAGACCCUGGGGAGAUGGAUGGGUAAUGGAUUGAACCCUUGAUGCUUGUCUCCCUGUCCCUUUACCAGCAAUUACAGUACUCUUUGUCCCUCUCCACGUCGACCGACUCCAAGUCACAUCCUUGAGCCUCACCACGGCGAAUAAUUGUCCUUUGUUCUUCCAGGUUAAAGCGUUCAUUGCGUUGCGCUCCGCUGAUCUGUUUCUCCUGACAACCAAACCACAAACCGCACUACCAACUUCAGCGAAACCUUCCUCCCCCUUUCCCAGUAUCUGGUCUUGCACUGGUUCUGAUUCUCUUCUGCAACUCUUGAACGUCCAGAACCCAUCGUCCUGCACUCCAAGAACUUGGUCGGCGGGUAAUUGCUGCGAACAGUCUGCAGCCUUACUUCCGCAUUCCAACGGUAUCACCUCAUCGCGGGGUCGACACAUUCCAAGCAGGCAGCCUCGACGGAGACCACAGAACCAGAGAUUCUCUAUCUGCACCUCCCAGCAUCAUUUGCACGAUUGAUAGCCCUACGACCGAUUACUUGCAUUGCAUCCGGCAGGAAAAAAAAACUGGUAUGUAUGCGUCUCCACGGCAUCUCUUAACCUAGGGCAAACUCUCGUUUUCUAGCUGCUUCGAGGGUGCAGUACAGGUUGCUGACAUUUGCUCACUUCAGAAGCAAAUUCUCACAUUGCAUCUUCCUCACGUGCGACACCAUAUUGUGAUUUUGUAAGGCGAAACCUCGAGUCAUAGAGGCGGUUCUCGAGUCCUUAUAAUCGAGUCCGACUUUGUGUUUCGUUUAGAACAGCACCAUAGACAUACACAACCAUGUCAGACAGAUACAGAUAUUCUCGGGCGCGAUCCCCUCCACUCCUCAAUCCUGGCCGAAUAUCCCUGCCAAGCAACUUCACCAACUACCCUCAAGUCCACGAGCAUCAUCACGUUGUUCCUUCAUCCCGCAGAGAGGUGAUCCCGGCGCCACGAAGCAGCACAAGUUCCGUUAGCAAUGGUGGCACGAUAACUACGACAUACAAGGUUAAAAGCGAGGCCCCUACUCGAGGAAGUAGUGUGCGAGAGGGUAGUCGUACAAGGAGAUCUACGAUUGACAAUCACAAUCGUCCGACGAUUGUUACAACAACGCAGAAAUAUCGACCGGUUAUACAUAGCGGCGGCGUAGCAAGGCCUGAAAGCCCUCUCAAGAACCCCUAUCGCUCAAGUGAGGAAGAAUAUGUUGCUAUACCCGCAAUUUCUCGCCAUGGACAUCACCAUACGAAACGCUAUAGCGCCACAAUGGAUAAUGCGGAUAUGAAUCGUCUUGCUCGAGAGCGGGAAACAACCAGAUUACAGGUGGUGCCGAUCAGAGAGCCAACUUAUCCUAGUACGAGAGUGAGACCGGUAUAUACGGGUGUUGUUACUCGUCAUGCCGAUACGGUCUCGGACGAUUAUGGCGAGGAUGGUUACGGUUAUACCAAUCCAAGAGACUUGGUUCAAUACGACUUGACACACAACCAGCCGGUCCACCAUCGAUCAAGAAGGGAUAGCUUUGACGCUGGAAGGUCAGGCAGACCAACAUCUAUCACGGGAUAUGCAGAUAUUUUUCCUCGAUCAUAUGAUGCCCGAGAACGUGGACCACCUCCGACAACCAGAGGAUUCGAUAAGAUCAGAACGCCUGUCUACGAUCAGGCCCCGCCAGUGAGACCAGUCCGUCCGAGCUCUCCUCCCAGUUCGCUGGCACCUAUGGAACCGGUGCAAAGACCUGCUCCCUUCGAGCCUGUUGAGCCCGUCAGGAGGACAAGCACUUCUAGGGCGAGACCGACUUCUAUGUACCAAGAGAAUCGUGAGCCAAGACGGGCGCCAAGAGAGGAAUAUUAUGAAACUCGGGAUGACGAUAGAAGGGAGAGCCGAACACAUCGUCAUGAGAAUCCCGUGGAGCAGCGAGGCUUUGGUGUACGGGCUGAACGUCCUGACAGGUCGGAAAGACCGGAAAGGUCUGACUGGAAUGAGAGAUCAGACCGUGUUGAUAGGGUGGACAGAUCAGAAAGGGUAGAAAGGGUGGACAGGGUGGAUAGAUCCGAUCGAAACAAUCGGCCGGACAGGUCUGACAGGCAUGACCGGCUGGACAACGAUCGAACAGAUUACAAGGAGCCGAAGGAACACAAAGGCAGAGAUGCCAUUGCAACUGGCCUGAGUCUUGCUGGAGCUGCUCUUGGUGUCAAUGCCUUGAAAAAUGCUGCUCGAGGGGAUCGUGACGAUCGGGAAGACCGUGAAGAGCGAGAGGAAAGGAAGAAGCGUGAGUACGAGGAGGACGCUCGAAGGCGGAGAGAGAAACAGGACAGGAGUCCUGUGGAUCUGGGUGGUAGAGACCCGAAGGAACGGCGACAUAAAGACGAGGAUCUUACACCACCACCUCGGGAUAUGCCUCCUCCGCCCCGAGAUGGACCACCUCGAGAGGUGACCCCACCACAAGCAGCCUUCGUAGAUCGUAAUAGCCGAGAUGCUAAAGAUCGGAAGCCAUCUAGGGAUGAGAGAGAAAGAGAUCCAGACCGUCGUGAGAGGCACCGAAAUGCUUCGGAAGCAGCUCUGAAUGGAACAGCCAUCGACUCACGUUCUGACAGCUCAGCAUCGGAAGAAGUUCGACCUCGAUCUCGCCGUGAGCCUCUUCCUCGAAGAGAAUCAGGGACUGUACCUGCUGCAUUCGAUCCCAAAAACACUAUGGAUUUGUUCGCCUUGAAAGAAGCACUCAACUCCAAAGACUCUAAGGAUGCCUCAACACUUGCGCCAAAAGAGCCUGCUUCAAAGCCACGAACACCCAGAGGCUCAUCAACAAGGGAUCCGCGGGAGGCAGCUGAAAUACGCAAGGGUCUUAAUUCCGAGAGAAAAUCCAGAGAUCCUCUCGCUCCAACCGAGAAUCGUCAACUGCGUGUCGUGUCUCCUCCACGUGAGAAGGUUGAAGAAAAGCCUGUCAAGGGUAUUCUUCGUCAACCAAGAGAGAAGUUCCCCGAAGAUCCAGCUCCUAUCCGUGAAGGUGUUGCUCCAUUGAAAGAUGCGAAGAAGGAUGGUAUCCCACCAGAUGCAAGAUGGACUAAGAUCAGCCGGAAACUAGUGAAUCCAGAAGCUUUAGAAGCUGGAAAAGAGAGAUUUGAGGCCAGAGAGGACUUUGUGAUUGUCCUUCGAGUUUUGUCGAGGGAUGAAGUACAAGGAUAUGCUGAGGUUACACAGCGUAUAAGAUCCGCUCGCGAAGAAUUAGAAGAUAUCGAGGCUACUGAACGUAGACGUGCUCGUCGGGAGAGACAUGAAAGACACAAGCGCGAACGCAAUGGUGAGAUUCCUCGAAGCGAGCGUGGCGAACGCCGACAUCGCCGCCGCGGAGAAGAGGGACGAGAGAGGCACCGUGAAUCUAAUUCUGAAUCCGACUCCACGGAGGACGAUGACGUGUACGAGAGGCCGAAGAUGCUUGAGGCCCCACAGAAAAGAACCAAUUUCCAAGAUGCCUUAAUGAGUGGUGGAUUGGGCGAGAUGGCCCAGAGCCAGUCGAACCUGAGGGAGACUGAAGUUCUGGGAACUUACAGCGGGUACAGCAGGAAUCCGCCACCACCAAGCAGCAUGGCUGCUGUCAGUGCGGGAUCGAGUCGGAAGGAGAAGUGAAGAGGGGGUUUUGUAAUGGAUUGAAACGAAAUUUAUUAUUGUUUUUAUUUGAGCGAAAUGGAGCAGAGCAUAGAGGAGAUAUCAUGCAGCGAGAUGAAUGACGAGCAAAUGACGAGCGGAUACGUGAGCUAUGAGAGAUGCUUUUACGUGUGGAAGGGAUUGCAUUUGACUUUAUGUUCUAUUCUCCUGUACAAUUAAGGAAUUAUUAUAAGACGAGAUUGUGUUUUUGG